AUGCAUAAUGUGGCAGCGUACGGGUAUCCCACGCCUCCGGCAUCCCCCGCCUACGACAACACCAAGUGUGCCUUCCAACAACCACCACUAGCUGUGCCUCCUGUUUGCCAACCUCGAUACACCCCAGUUGCCCCGGAAGAUAGACUAGGAAAGUUCCUUGGAGAAAGCCUGCAGUUGAUAGGAAUUAUUGGAACCGGUGCCUAUGGCGUGGUCUACCUGGCGGUCGACGUCAAGACUGGAGUCCGAUAUGCAGUGAAGACGCUCAGCAAAUUCAACGCAGACGGAUCACCUCUGGAUCGACGGCAAAUUGCCUUUCAGCACCGGGAACUACGCUUACACUAUAUGGCCUCGGCGCAUCCCAACGUUGUUUCCAUGCACAAGAUUGUUGACGACCCGGAUUGCAUAUAUGUUAUCCUGGAGUAUUGCCCAGAAGGUGACCUUUUCCUCAAUAUCACAGAGAGAGGACAAUAUGUGGGUAAGGAUGCAUUGGUCAAAAGCGUAUUCCUGCAGAUCCUGGACGCCGUUGAGCAUUGCCAUAACCUGGGGAUCUACCACCGCGACUUAAAACCCGAGAAUAUCUUAGUUUCGAACCGGGGAGACACGGUAAAGUUGGCAGACUUCGGCUUGGCGACCUCAUCAGACCGGUCCGAAGAUUACGGAUGUGGUUCGACUUUCUAUAUGUCACCAGAAUGUCUGGACCCAUCAUCCCGAAGGCCAUUUUAUUACUGCGCCCCAAAUGAUGUCUGGAGCCUUGGUGUUAUCCUAGUAAACUUGACCUGUGGUCGUAAUCCGUGGAAGCAAGCCUCCUUUGAAGAUUCCACAUAUCGUGCCUACACCAGGAGUCAGGAUUUCCUACGGACUAUUUUGCCAUUGUCGGAUGACCUCAACAAUAUACUAGGGCGGAUAUUUACCCGCAACCCAGACCACAGAAUUACGUUACCAGAACUCCGGAACAGCAUCCUCGCCUGUUCCAGAUUUACGAUUUCACCUAAUGCGCCUGCCCCCCAGGCAGCGCUCCCAACACCGCCCACUUCACCCGGGCCCAUCGAAUACGUUGACUGCGAAGAAGCCAUUGUCGAAGACUUGAGCUACGAUUCGCCACCAUCACCCUCCGCUUCGGAUUCCGAUACGGAGUCCAUAUGUUCAUCCGACGAUGGAUCUCUUACCUCGAGUGUUUCGACUAUCGACGACAUAGACGACGACGACUUCGUUAUCACGGAGGAUGAGAUCCCUCCUACCCAGGAGCCCCAGUUGUAUGAUUCAGAAGAAUCAAAAGUUAUGUUUCCACAGGAGUUUGUCCCGCAAUACUCGGGCCCUAUUGAGCCUUGCCAGCCUUGCGCAGUUCAAGUUCCUGUGCAGGCUAGCUGUGCACCAACCAAGUUCGCCUUCCCAUAUUUCUGGGAAGUGGUGAAUAGGUACACACAACCUGCGCCCAUACAUUCCAUUCCUUUCCACCCACAAGUUCCUCUUUUUUCCCACUUCCAAGGCUGCUAUUAG